AUGUCCCUCUCGCACACGGCCGCCGAGUACAUGCUCUCCGACGCUCUCCUCCCUGAUCCCGGUGGUUCCCGGGCCAAGGGCUUACGCUUGGAGCUGCCAAGCGAUCGCCUGCUGAAGUUCAUCACCGUGGGCUUGCCCCUUUGCCUCGUCUCACUGGCGUUCGCCCGGGAGUUCUCCACCGGCUCGCAGAUCAGCUGCUUCUCUCCCACCAACUUCACGGGGAAGCAGUCCGCCUACGUCGACACGGCCUGCUGGGACUCCCUGCUCCCCCACAGCCUCGACGCCGAGGGCCACGCCGUCACCAAGUCCCUGUGGGCCCUCAAGGUGUUCCCCUACUCGCUGCUGGUGGUGGCGGUGCUCAUGUACCUGCCCUACCUGCUGUGGCGUUACGCCGCCGCCCCCGCCCUCCACUCCGACCUCCUCUUCAUCAUCGACGAGCUGGACAAAUCCUACAACCGCUCCGUCCGCCUGGUGCAGCACAUGAGGAAGGGGCAGCAGGCCAGCGCCGAGCCGGAGCGAUUCUGGGAGGAAUACGAGAGGGCCCGUCGGGAGAGGUAUUUUGAGUUCCCGCUGCUGGAGCGCUACCUGAGCUGCAAGCAGCACGCCCACGCCCUGGCCUUCAUCUACCUCCUGAGGAACCUGCUCCUGCUCCUGUUCCUGGCCGCCACCUGCCUCUACCUCGUCUUCCUCCACCUCAACAUCUUCUUCCAGGACGAGUUCAGCUGCUCCAUCAAAACAGGGCUGCUCCAGGCAGAGCCCCACAUCCCCUCGCUCAUCCCGUGCAAGCUGGUCUUCUUCUCCGUCUUCCAGCUCAUCAGCUUCUCGGUCGGCGGCGUCUACGUCCUCCUCGUCCCCGUCGUCAUCUACAACGCCCUGCAGCUCUGCCAGUGGGACAAGGGGCUCCUCUCCGUCUACGAGAUGCUCCCCGCCUUCGACCUCCUCAGCCGAAAGAUGCUCACCUGCCCCGUCAACGACCUCAACGUCAUCCUCCUCUUCCUCCGGGCCAACAUCUCCGAGCUGACCUCCUUUGGCCGCCUCAACGCCGUCAGCGCCCUGAAGGAAGCCACCGCCAACAAGGACGACAUCGACACCGUCGUUGACUUCAUGACGCUGCUGGCCGGGCUGGAGGCCACCAAACCCAAACACCACGCGUGCGGCCCCGAGGCCGGCGGCAACGUGGCCCUCGCCAACGGCAGGGCUCCAGGUGGGCUUUUUGGGUAG